AUGGCUACUCUCCAGCCUUUUUUUGAAAGGAUCACGAGCAAGCUACACAGCUGGACUGUUAAGACGUUGUCUUAUGCUGGGAAAAUCAGAUUGAUUGCUUCUGAGGUGUAUGGAAUGGUUGACUCAAUUUGCGCAGCGUUUAUGUGGAACAACAACACAACCUCAGCAUCGGGUGCUAGAGUGGCCUGGAAGGAUAUAUGCAAGCCCAAAGCAGAGGAUGGCCUGGGUAUUCGGGAAGGUUCCUUCUGGUUUGACUCAUGGACUGUGCUAGGACCUUUAAUCUCUGUCGUUGGAGAUGGGGGACCUAGAGCUUUAAGAAUCAGGAAGGAUGCUCACAUUGUUGAUGCCACUACAGAAGGAUCAUGGCGCCUCCCGCCUGCAAGAACUAAUGAGAUGGUCGCACUUCAAGCUGCUGUCUCUGCAGUAUCUCCUCCGGUUCCAUCAAAUGGCAUGGAUAGUUACACUUGGAUUCAAGCCAAUGAAACCUACGGGUCUUCUUUCUCUUCAAAGGUAACAUGGGACCAUAUCCGUCUCAGCUCACCUGAAGUGUUUUGGCAUAAAGUGAUCUGGUUUAAAGAGAAUAUUCCUAGAAACACUUUCAUGUCUUGGCUAGCUCUGCUUAGAAGGAUUCCUACAAAGGAUAGACUGCGACGAUGGGCCUGA